AUGAAAAAUUUAAUUCAUCAACAAAAGGUGAUUUUUGAGAGUUCAGAAAGCAUGGUACGCUAUGCAUUGACCAUUAUCUCGCGAACUAAUGCGCUAGAUGAAACAGCAAUCAGUCAGGUUGAAAGGCUUCUCGAUGAAGGGUAUCCUGAGUAUGAAAAAAAAAAACUCUCUCAAAGAGCGAUAGAUUACAUUAUGGAUCCUAAAAACCCAGAACAAUUUAAUUCAGAAACAAAAAGUAAACUCAAUCCAAAUGAGCUAGGAUGUGAUCUAUUUUUUCAAGUCCAAAGCAUAAGGCGAACCAAAAAAUUGUUUGUGUUCGACAUGGACUCGACAUUGAUCUAUCAAGAAGUUAUUGAGCUUAUUGCAGCAUACGCCAAUAUUGAGAACCAAGUUGCAGUAAUUACUGAAAAGGCUAUGAAUGGAGAGAUAGAUUUUAAUGAAUCGUUAAUCGAAAGGGUUGCUUUAUUGAAAGGUAUUGAUUCCUCCUCUAUUUGGGACGAAUUGAAAGUCAAGAUUAGAAUCACCAAAGGUGCCCGAGAACUUUGUAGAGCUUUAAAAAGAUUAAAUGUAAUAACAGCAGUUUGCUCUGGUGGCUUUAUUCCUUUAGCUGAUCAUAUAAAAAAAGAGCUUGGCCUCGAUUACGCAUUUGCUAAUCAGCUCGGAGUCGAUUCUAACAACAUUUUGGAUGGCACGACCGUUGGACCCAUUGUGAAUGGGGAUAAAAAAGCUGAAUUAUUGCAAAAAAUUGCAAAGGACCAUAGCAUUGACCUUUCUGACUCUGUAGCUGUUGGAGAUGGAGCAAACGAUUUAAAAAUGAUGCUCAUUGCAGGAUACGGCAUUGCUUGGAAUGCGAAACCCAAAGUGCAACAGUUAGCCCCUUCUUGCUUGAACAGUAAUACAUUGAGAGACAUAUUAUAUGUGAUGGGAUUCAGUGAUGCUGAGAUUAUAGAAUUAUGCAAAUAG